GCCAUGCCCAGGGAGAAAUGUGUGAGUGGGAGGAAGAAAAGGAUUUCUCUGGAGCUGUUCCAAGGCUGAUGCUGGUGAAAGAUGCUUGUCUUUCUCGAGCAUUAAAACAGCAUCUGCCAGGAUUGUCAGCUACUAAGAAGCACAUCUCCGUACUCAUGAACUAUGGGGAAUGCGGGCAAAGUCAUGGGGGAUUUCAAAGGCCAUGCUUUCCCUGGAUUCAUCUUAAUUAUACUUGGGAUUUGGUGGACUACAAAGUGCGUUCUGAAAUAUGCCUUCAAAAAGCAGAAGCCGACUUCCCACUUUGAUUCCAAAGCAUUAUUCUAUCGAACAGAAAUGUUGGAGGGAAUCGUGGUAGUUGGAGCUUCUUUAAUUGGCAUCCUUGCAGGACAGUUUGUUCCUGGAGGACCACACUUGAUCUUAUAUGACUACAAAAAGGAUCAGUGGGUUAGACUCCUAGACUGGCAUCAUUUUACCAUGUACCUCUUCUUUGGGCUGCUGGGUGUGACAAACAUCUUAUGUUCCACCAUCAGGUCACUUCCUGCCUCCUUUAGCAAGUUAAUGCUAUUAAAUGCCUUAUUUGUGGAGGCUUUUGUCUUCUACAAUCACACUCACGGCCGGGAAAUGCUGGACAUCUUUGUGCAUAAGCUUCUGUUCUUGGUCAUCUGUUUGACAGGCCUGGUUGCCUUCACAGAGCUCUUCAUACAGGCCAAUAUAACUGUGGAACUUCUGCGGACAAGCCUUUUCCUGCUUCAGGGAAGCUGGUUCUGGCAGAUUGGGUUUGUCCUUUAUCCCCUCAACGGAGGCCCUCCUUGGGAUUUAGCAGAUCAUAACAACAUUAUGUUUCUCACCAUGUGCUUUUGCUGGCAUUAUGCAACAGCCAUUGUCAUCACUGGAGCAAUUUAUGCCUUUGUCACCUGGUUGGUUAAAUCUCGAUUUACGAGGUUCUGCCCUUCAGAAGUUGAACUGCUGAAAAAUGCUGAACGAGAACAAGAUUCAGAAGAAGAAAUGUGACUUUGAUGGGCAUCCAGUCUUUCUAGAUGAAGUUUUUCUUUUUCUAUUUAGUUACAGUUUUGCCUGUUUAUCUUUUAUUUGGAGAACAACUGAUUGAGAAUGAUUCUUGGUGUCAUGAUAUUGGGGGCUUGAGGUGGCUCUCCCUAGGUUAGUUAAAGCAUGAUGCUCACAUUCUGAAAAAUAUUUGUUUUGUUUGCCUAAUAGAUAUAUAUGCUCAAAGUUCCUGGGCUUACUAUCACUUGUAACUCAUAGAUGGGAUUUCACUUGUUUACCAUCUUGCUAUAGUGGGAAAUAAACAAAUUCAUGGAUCUUGGUUCAAA